AUGUUAAAGACGGUCGCUUUCAUCGCUCUCGUAGCGUCGUGCUUCGCUCUUCCCGCCCAAGAUACAAGCCAUUCAGAAAAUGACAUAGACGGUGUCAGUGACUGCCUCAAAAAAGAUUCCACAUCAUGUCUAAAGUACAAGUUCUUCUCCUUCGUCGACAAAAUGAUUGGACAAAAGGAAAGCUUUGCUCUAACAGACGGAGUGACUGUAGUUCGGGCGAGCGAUCUACCACCGGAAACUGGCGCACCUAGAGCCUUGGAUCCUGUUUCUAAAAUGAAGAAUUAUUUCGAAACCCACUCCCUUAGAGUGGAAGUUAAGGGUUCUGAUGUCAUCGACACUGUAUCUAGUGUGGGUCGUGCCUUAGAAGACACAGUAUCAUCAUUCACAGAAGACAGUGAUUUAUCAGAAGAAGAAGAAGGUAGAGGAAAAAAGAAGAAGGCCUCCAAAAUUAUGGGACCAUUGAUAGGUGCUGUUGUUUUAAAAAUGGCAAUGUUGAUGCCUUUAGCUAUCGGUGCGAUCGCUCUGAUUGCUGGAAAGGCAUUAUUGAUUGGAAAACUAGCGUUAGUUCUGUCAGCUAUAAUCGGUUUGAAGAAGUUGCUCUCACAGCAGAAGCACGUAACUUAUGAGGUGGUAGCCCAUCCCCAUCAUACGUCCAGUCAUACUUCCAGCCAUGAUUACGCUGGCGCAAGUGGAUAUGGAGGAGACUCAGGCGGAGGCUAUAGCAGUGGUGGAGGACACAGCGGAGGAGGCUGGGGACGAUCUCUCGACGCUCAGAACCUAGCUUACGCCGCGCAAAAGCAA